UGGAGCCUUUUUGAUCGGAAGAGUGAGUGGAAAAAGCAGUUUACCAGUAAAAAAAGAACCCGCUCCUAAUCAACCCAAAAAUAACCCACCACCAACUCCAAAUAAUCCACCUCAUAAGCCUAAUUCUCCCACUAACCCAAAUGAAUUACAAUUUACAGUUUAUUAUCAUUCGAAAUUAGGACGAAAUCAUAUCGAACUAACCAAAAAGGGCCAUAAUUACACUAUCACUUUUUUGGCUCAGGAUGCUGAGAAAUACCAAAAUCAAGACCAUAUUUAUUAUUUCAGCAAAAAUAAUAAUAAGUUUACUUUGAAACCCUAUCAGAAAGAGCCAGAAAAAACAGGGAAAACUGAGAUAAAAGUCAGGUAUUGUGGCAAGGCGAUAAAUGAAAAAGGGGAGUUUAGUGAUUAUGCUUUCACUAAUCUUCCGAAAGAUGGGAUAAAAGUCCUUUACAUUAGCAAAAACCACCCCCGAAUUAAGGAACUAUUACAAGCAGGAAAAUUACAACCGGGUAAACAUUUUAUUAUUCGUUAUGGAAAGGUGGAUAGAGAGUUUAUGAAAGGUUUUGCGUAUGAUUUUAAUGAGUUUAAUCAAGAGUUAGAGAUUAUGGAAGCCUAA